UGUGCGAGGCAGGACAGGCUGCGGUAUCAGGUGACUGAUAUCUCGAGAGAAUGUGACGUCGGCGGCGGCUGACUAGCUGAACCCAUUCAGUGCUGAGUUUCGUGUUUCCGUGGAUGACGAACGGACCGUGACAGCACAUACCGCUAUUCUUGUAGAAUACUUAACUUAACAUGAAUUACGAAAACCCUCCACCAUAUGCAAAUACAAACCCACCUGCUCCUUACCCACCAUAUGGCCAACAGCCAGGAGGACCAGCUCCAAAUCAGUAUCCUGGUUAUCCACCACCACCACCUGUAGGAUACCAGCCAGGACAACCAGGCUAUCAGGGAUACCCUCAAGGAUACCCUCAAUAUGGCUGGCAAGGUGGUCCCCCACCUGCACCAGUGUAUGCUGAUGGUCCUAAAAAUACAGUGUAUGUUGUUGAAGAACGAAGAAGGGAUGACUCUGGAGAAAGUGCAUGUCUGACAGCUUGCUGGACUGCUCUUUGUUGCUGCUGCCUUUGGGACAUGUUGACCUAAAUACUUCUGGAUGCCAAAAAUGGGGAAUACAUUGUCUUUUUCACAUCUUGUUACUUUUUAUCUACAAAUGAUUAUUUUUUCCCUAAAUUGCUUAUAUGUUUAAAUUAACUGUUAUGUCAUCUAUUAAAAUGUGUUAUUUAAAUUAUUGCAUUUCAAAUAAAAAGUAUUUCUUCCUCUUUCGCUUUCUAAAAAUCAGGCAUGCAAAAUUAUUUUUAAUCAGAACUUAAAAAGGAUCUGCAUUAUGCAUUUUAUUUCCUCAGAUGCAAAUAAACCAUGUCUAAAAAUGUAUAGCCUGUGAAAUCAGUGAGUUGUUGCACACAAUACCUUAGUGUAUGUAUAACUGCAAGUUAGACACACCUUGCAUAUUUGUGGAAUUCUUAAACAUCCAUACAUACUCCUUUUGUUUUUAAACUGGGAGUGAACGAGUUCAAGAGACUUCAAGUAUUUAGGAGGUUGAUAGAGUGACACAACCUGUUAGAACCAAGAAUCAUUGGCUGACCUUCCCAGACUUCUUAUUCAGGUUGCUAUGUAAAAGUCUUUUUAGUCUAAACAUUGUAUAACUUUAUAACCUUAAUUAAAUAAAAGGAAGCUUUGUUUUCAAAUAAGUGUAUGUUAAUGGAAUACUAAAG